CGCCGGCCCAGGGCACCGCGGAUGGCACAGACGCGUUCCGGGGGCUCCAGCUUUUGCUUAGAGCGUUGAGAGCCGGGCCGGGCGAGUGCGCGCCCGAGACGCGUCCGGCUCCAGGGGUCCGGCCUGGCUGUGUCGGGAGCGGGACCCGCCGGCGGAGGAGCGGGCGCCGCGAUGGCCGAGGGCAGCGCAGUGUCCGACCCUCAGCAUGCCGCGCGUCUGCUGCGAGCGCUCAGCUCUUUCCGCGAGGAGUCCCGCUUCUGCGACGCGCACCUGGUCCUCGACGGGGAGGAGAUCCCGGUGCAGAAGAACAUCCUGGCGGCGGCCAGCCCCUACAUCAGGACAAAGUUAAACUAUAAUCCUCCAAAAGAUGAUGGAUCAACUUAUAAGAUUGAACUUGAAGGGAUAUCGGUAAUGGUUAUGAGAGAGAUCCUGGAUUACAUCUUCAGUGGGCAGAUCAGGCUAAAUGAAGAAACAAUCCAAGAUGUUGUUCAGGCAGCAGACCUGCUACUCCUGACAGACCUUAAAACCCUGUGCUGUGAGUUUUUGGAAGGUUGCAUUGCCGCUGAGAACUGCAUCGGUAUCCGUGACUUUGCACUACAUUACUGUCUGCAUCACGUUCAUUACCUUGCCACAGAAUACCUGGAGACUCAUUUCCGAGACGUCAGCAGCACAGAAGAAUUCUUAGAACUGAGUCCUCAAAAGCUUAAAGAAGUGAUUUCUCUUGAGAAGUUAAACGUUGGCAAUGAAAGAUAUGUCUUUGAAGCAGUAAUUCGAUGGAUAGCACAUGAUACAGAAAUAAGAAAGGUCCACAUGAAGGAUGUUAUGUCAGCUCUGUGGGUUUCAGGGUUGGACUCCAGUUACUUGCGGGAACAGAUGCUAAAUGAACCAUUAGUACGAGAAAUUGUCAAAGAGUGUAGCAAUAUACCGCUCAGCCAGCCGCAGCAAGGAGAGGCGAUGCUGGCCAACUUCAAACCCCGGGGCUACUCCGAGUGCAUCGUGACUGUUGGUGGGGAAGAGAGGGUAUCACGGAAACCCACAGCAGCCAUGCGGUGCAUGUGCCCUCUCUAUGACCCCAAUAGGCAGCUUUGGAUCGAACUGGCCCCUUUAAGCAUGCCGAGAAUUAACCAUGGAGUUCUCUCAGCAGAAGGAUUUCUGUUUGUAUUCGGAGGCCAAGAUGAAAAUAAGCAGACCUUGAGCUCAGGAGAAAAAUACGAUCCAGAUGCAAAUACAUGGACAGCACUGCCGCCCAUGAACGAGGCAAGACAUAACUUUGGAAUUGUGGAGAUAGAUGGGAUGCUGUACAUUUUGGGAGGAGAGGAUGGUGAAAGGGAGCUGAUUUCCAUGGAGCGAUAUGAUAUUUAUUCUAAAACCUGGACAAAGCAACCUGAUUUGACCAUGGUCAGAAAGAUUGGCUGCUAUGCAGCUAUGAAAAAGAAAAUCUACGCCAUGGGUGGAGGCUCCUAUGGAAAGCUUUUCGAGUCCGUGGAAUGCUACGACCCCAGGACCCAGCAGUGGACUGCCAUAUGUCCCCUGAAAGAGAGGAGGUUUGGAGCCGUGGCCUGUGGAGUUGCCAUGGAGCUGUAUGUGUUUGGGGGAGUCAGAAGUCGUGAGGACAUCCAGGGUGGCGAGAUGGUCACUUGCAAGUCUGAGUUCUACCAUGACGAGUUUAAACGGUGGAUCUAUCUUAACGACCAGAAUUUAUGCAUCCCCGCCAGUUCAUCGUUUGUUUAUGGAGCUGUACCUAUAGGAGCCAGUAUUUAUGUUAUUGGAGAUCUUGAUACAGGUACCAAUUAUGACUACGUGCGUGAGUUUAAAAGAAGCACCGGAACCUGGCACCACACUAAACCACUCCUUCCAUCCGACCUUCGCCGCACCGCGUGUGCGGCCUUACGCAUUGCAAAUUGCAAGCUUUUCCGCCUGCAACUUCAGCAAGGCUUAUUCCGUAUUCGUGUUCAUUCCCCUUGAGGAGGAACAGAGCAGACAGCGCGAUCCUAACCCAGGAGCACCAUAACAUAGCUGCGAAAGGGAAAGCGGAGACAGCGGCUGAAACUCACUCUGUGUGCUGGGCUUUGGUAUGGUAACUCUGGUGGUUUUAUGAGGCUUAGAAACUUGAGCUUCAGCUCUUGUUUGGGAGAACACAGAACUGUUGAAAAACUACCUGGGAGGAGUCAGUUCCUCCACUGAGGUGUGUCUGUAGACACUGGAGGCUAGUAAAUAUCAAAAGGAAAAGGGAGUGGGAAUUGGUAUCAUGUAAACUAUCAAAGUUAAAAUACUAAGGUGCAUUUUCCCUGACGGGAACUCAUGUCUGACUGCUGUGUUCAAAUAUGUAGCUUUGGUAAACAAACAAACAAACAAAAUCUGUAUAUGCAAAUCAACAUAUCCAAACAUGCCAAGACUGCUUUUCUACUGCACUUGGAAGGAUAUAUCAUGCCUAACCCUGCCCAACAAAGUAAGGUUCGUGCCUAAAAUGUUAGAUUGGACUGUAUGCCAGUUAGUCUCCAUUUAUUCCUAGAAGUCUGUCCUAAGAAUCUUUUUAAAACUAUAUCAUGAUGAAUUGCAACGAAGUUAGAAUUUCUCUUUUAUAACUUUAUCUUAGUAAUGUAAAGAUUCAGUAGAUUGAUGAGUCAGGUUGCAGCCCUCAUGUGAACUGAAGGAAGUUGCUCACUUCUGUGUUGACUUAGAUUAAGACGUGUCAUGCCAUCCUUUCUGGGGUAGUACCAGUGGAGCUGGGAAGCGUCUCCUGCAGUGCCAUUCUGCCUUUUCAGUGAUCAAAACCAUUUUCUAAGUGUGAGGAUAUUAGUGAGUAGGAGAUUUUAUAAAAGAAAGACCUGAGUCAGACAAAUAAUAAAGGUCUGCUAUGGCUUAAAAAAAACAAAAACAAAAAUGCUAUCCAGAAAAAAUAUGUAGGGAUCAAAAACUUUUUAAUACAACCUGUCUGAAAGCACACAAAGUCUUGUUUACUACUGUUUAAGGUUUGAAAACUUGUCUUAGGAUGCGAAUCUGUGUUAAGAAUCUAGUCUUUGUUAUAGAAGUUUCCCAGUGGCAUUCACUAGAGUUUUAGACAAAUUAUGCUCUGAGUAAAGUUUGGCUGGUAGAAUAAACUACCUCAACUUAAUUUCCUUCUGUUCAUAGUAGAGCAAAUUCAUCUCUUCCUCCUUCCCUCCUUUACUCUCUCUCAUUCCCACCUCAACUCACUUUCCCCCACCUCUCACUGGGGGGAAAAUGUCUUUUGUUCGUGGAACGUAUCUUGUAAGAUAAUUUGUUUUCCACUUGAAUUCCACCCUAGUGUGAAAUCGGGGGCGUCAAAGUGCUUCAUUACUUCCUAAAUUGAAUUUUAUGCAAUAUCAAAUUUCUAAUCAAUUUAAUAUAGAGUACUUCAUUUUUAAUUGUUUUCUACAGCUUUUUUUUUCCUCUUGGAAUAUGGUUGUAAGAAGCCGCAUUUUGUCUUAUUAACAUGUAUAAAGGUAUCCUUUGGUUGUAAAAUGAUAACAGGAACUUCUUCUAGGAACUUCCUGUAUGGAAUGUUUAUAUGCAGUUAAUGUGCAUAUGAAACAUCACUUAUGCUCUCCCGCCCAUAGACAUAAAAAAGGGUGACCUAACUGUGAUUUUUUUUUUCUAACACCUUCUGGAAGUCAUAUAGUGCUACAGAAGUUGCUGAGAGAUGCUGUGCCUGUGGGAUUAAAGAGUGUUGAGAUGUGGCACAUUAAUGCUCCAUUUUGGCCAGAAGAUACCUUGUAAGAGAAGGUGUAAGGUUUUUAUCUUAUAUACCAGAGGCAGCAGGCCAGAUGUGCCGCAGCCAUGUAAUUAAUCAUGUUUAAUAUGUCGGUGAAAACAAGUUUGGAAUUGCCUCGUUUACCAGUCAGCUGUUGUCUGCACGUUUUCCAGUGAUACUGUGGAGAUCUUUUAAUGAAAGCAAACUAUGUGGCCUCUGCAAAGAAAGGAAGAUUUUUCUUUUUACAACUAGACAUUAAUUUUAGAAGAAGCAAAUUGCUGGGAAACUAAAUUUGCUUUGGUGAAAUAUGCUGUACAGAACAGUACCUUGGCAUUCAGCAGCUGCAGCUGGGGAACGUUAAAACAGUAACUGACAUCCAAUUAAAGCCAUGAUCGUCAGCAAUCCUCUGCUUUUUAAAUUUCUGACAUUUAAAGUUUUUUUCUCCAGUCUACACCAGGCCUCUCCAAGGAGACAGUUCAUUAUUUAGGAGUGAAUGUGUUCCUCUUGCAAUAUUAUCAGUACCUGCAUGACUUGAUAAAUUCAUUUUAUAAAAAUAGUGUUUUGUUUUGUUUUAUUCAGUUCAUUGACACCGUAACUGCAGAAAUCAGAUAACGUUUUAUAAAAUAAAAUUGCCACAUAAUAUGGGAUGCAAUAACACAAAAGCUGCUAAGUGCCAAACUGUUAUUUUACUAUAAACAAAUAUUAAAAUGUGUUAAAGUAUAGGGAUGAUUUAAUUUUGCUGUGCUCCAAAAUUAAUCAUGACUCUUGUCAAUGACAGUUAUUUCAGUAUUGUAAAAUAAAUUUUCCCUCGUUUCAUGCAGGUUUGUGUUUUAACAUUCCACUUAGGCCUUGAAACGUCAUUUCUUAAUAACUUUUUGAUACUUCUUUCUUGAUAAGCACUUUUGCCAGGUGUGUGUUGGAAUUGGUGGCUCAGCAUAGGUCUUAAAUUUUAAAUACCGGUAUCUUUGGGGAAAGUGCAAUUUCUUUUGAGAAGGAAAGUUGUCUCAGGUUAGAAUACGUGAAUAUUUAAAGAAUCUCUCCUAGGCUGCAGUCUAAAAUAGGUUAUUUGUUUCUUUGUUUAGCAUAUCCAAAUAGAGACUUUUCAAAGAUUUAAGUGUUUAAUUUAAAGUGUUUUUUCGUUUUGUUUUUGAUAGUGCUUAUAUCCUGUGAGAAGAAACCGUGUGAUAGAUGAGUGAGUGUGCAUGUGUAUGUUACACUGUUUGACCUGAUAAAUGUAUUUGUAUGGGUUUACUUUUUGAAUUGUAGUUCUAAACUACAUAUAUUUACUGUCUCCUGGUGCUUCAGAUAAAUUCUUGAGCCUGUUGACCUUCAGUUUAUACUAUGUCAAACUCAUAUUGAGUGUAAAUACUGAAAUAUUUGUAGUUUAUAAUAAGUUUUACUUGGUGUUCGCAUUUCUCUUCUUUAGCGGGAUUAAAAACAGUGUUUACCAACUUGUAGUUGGGAUACUGUCAAGAUUUGGCCUAAGUAAUUUCUAAACUCGUUAUGUAGCUUAAUAUUUCAUUGCUGUGAGGAAUUGAUAGCUAACCACGGCCUUUCUUCCAACCGUGUAACAACCAAGGAAGAGCAUGUGGGGGCAUCCUGGAUGGUGUUUUGUCUGUAAUGAAGCGUUCUGUUAUACUGCACUAGCCCUUCAACGAUGACGCUUUUUUCAUUGUUGGUUUGGAAGUGUCAUUUUUGUAAUUUAUGAGCUGGAGGGAUUCCCUAGUCAAUGUAAAGGAAAUACAUUCUUUGUACAAAUAUGGUAAAGAUAGGGCUGUCUUUGCUCUGGCACCUAAGUUACUCACGGGUGGUUAAGUUUCAUUUCUAGAGAAAUAUCUUAGGUACUGUGGCCCAUUAGAGUUCCAUUUGGUACAUUCUACCUCAGGGUACCAAACCAGGGAUUCCAAAAACCUUCCAAGGAAUGCUAGAAGCACUACAGUAUCCCCUUCCAGAAUGUUGGCGUUCGUGAUUAAGGAGGCCUCCCAUGGUCAGAUGAAGACAUUUGGUUCAAUGCGGGAAGAACAAGAUGGCACUUUGUAUCAAUUCAGAGAUGCUGGAACCCCCAGAAAAAUACCUGGUGGAAGGGAAAGGUAACACUGUCCUUUUCCACUGGCUGCUCACUGAGCACUGGAGUCCAGGAGGUCAGUGAGAAGAGACCAGCUGAGUGUAGCAAAGCCCGCCUCAGGUCCACCAACACAUGUCUGAUGAGCACCCACUGGGAACUGUGGUUGCCAUUCAGGGAGCUGAACAGUGAGGUGGAUGUCACACCACCCUCCCACUCAAGAUCGUAAACUCACCCGGGGUUAGGCACAGGCCCUGUCUUUGUCAUCUGCUGGUCUCAGUGAAUGCACAGAGUACGUAGUCAAUAAACAUUUGACAGAUAAACAUAUUCUUAUGAUCAAAGUGAUGUUCUUCUCUUGAAAAGGGCACUCUAAGAGUGACUGAUUUUACUGGGUUUUCAAUUAGAAGCUUUGACCCGGUUACCCAGAUGGGCCAGCCUCCUGUACGGAGCGGAAACUAGUAUAGAAUAAACGAUGCCAAGUGCCUGAUGUACAUAUGUACAAUCCUGUGGUCUCCACAUGUCCUGUAGGUUUCUUGAGACCCCUCUACUCAGCACAGCUUAUAAUGUUGAUCAUGUUUAAUACUGAGCUUCAUUGACUGCUUUGUAUAUGGGUCUCAAAAUCUUUCCAGGACAUGUAUCUCUUUGAUUGUCACGUCUCUGGGAUGGGCAGGGCACUUUCCCCAUUGUACGAGGGUCAUCUUGGAGGCCUGACACAUGCAGCUUCAUUUCUCGCUUUAGGGAGCAGCAAGAACCAAAAGCAGAAGCCAGGUGUUUGGAUGAUCAGCUCACCCGUCAGGCGGCAGGGCCAGAACUUGAUGUUUCUGGGCAUACAAGUAUUUUUCAUCAUAGAACAAUCAUUUGUAGUAUUAUAACAGUUUCAGCUCCCAAACAUGUCCUUUGCUAGUUGCACAGACAUAACCUGAAAUGUGCUUGAUUUUCUUUGUUAGUUAGCUGUAGGAGGUGGAGACUUUACUAAGGUCAAGAGAACAGAAGCACGUGUGUUUGAAAGAGAAACUUCCGUUUCAAAGAGCUGCAGCUUCAUGCGUACUUCCCUCUCUCACUCCAUGUAAUCAGUAAGGGAAAAUGAACUGUAUCUUCCAAUAUUAGGAAGAUAUUUUGCUAGCUUUUAAAUACUUGUUGAAGUAUUCUUGACUCUUUCUGCAGUUUCUGUAGAAAUUACGGAAAUAUAUGGUAUAAGGAUGAGAAAGGACCAUUUGCCCGUAAUUGAGAGCACGAACUUGGGUUGAGUGUCUGUCGUGCUUGCUGGCGGUUAAGUCUCGGUAGUAUUGACUGGUAGGCAUUUUCUCUGUUUUUUGCAAGUCAGCUGGUAAAAUGUCUAAGGUUUUGUGUUUUUCAGAAGUAAUCUUCUUGUUUCCAUUUUAAACAUAUCUCAAUAUCGUCUCAUCGUAAUAGUUCCAUGUAUGUGACAUCAGAGGAAUUAACUCAUACUUCCAAAUGGUUUGGGGUAAUGCAUACGGUUUAAGAAAGUGUGUUCUUUUUUAUUUUAUUUUUUAAAUUUCUUGUAGAAACAGGGUUUCACUCUGUUGCCCAGGCUGGUUGGUCUCAAACUCCUGGCCUCAGACCCAGCCGGAACUAUAGGCGCUUAAGCCAGCAACCACCGAUAGAAAGUAUGUUCUUUUUCAGUUCUGUCAUUGAAAUUAUCCAAGCGAUUGGAUUUUUAAACUCCUUCUCUUUCUCAUGAAAUUAAUCAACUAAUAAAUAAAACUACAUUUUAUAAUUAUUUAGUCAGAAAUGUCUGUUGUCCUCUUUUUUUUUUUUUUCUGAGAUGGAGUCUUGCACUGUUGCCCAGGCUGGAGUGCAGUGAUGUGAUCCUGGCUCACUGCAUCCUCCGCCUCCGGGGUCCAAGCAGUUCUGCCUCAGCCUCCUGAGUAGCUGGGAUUACAGGCAUGUGCCACCACGCCCAGCUAAUUUUUGUACUUUUAGUAGAGACGGGGUUUCACCAUGUUAGCCAGGAUGGUCUCGAUCUCCUGAUGUCAUGAUCCGCCCUCCUCAGCCUCCAAAAGUGUUGGAAUUACCAGCAUAAGCACCUCACCUGGCCUUUUUUUUUUUUUUUUUUUUUUUUAAGAUUAAAACUAAUCUUUUGAAGUCCCUACUCAACUGAAAUUUGGCCUGAUUAUAAAUGUUGAUAUUAAUUUCUUCUGGCUCAACAAAGUUGUUGCGCUUCCUUCCCUGCAUACAUUGAAAGAAACCCAGAAAUGAUACAUUCGUGGUUUGAAUUAGAGAAGGAGUAGGUGGAAGAAGGUGGCAUCACACAGAGUCUGGGGGACAUACUGCCUUGAGAUGAAGUGAACAAUUACACACUGAGUAGGGUCCACAGAAAUAAAUGGCCAUUUCACAUCAUUCACAUCCCAAAUGUAGAUUCGUCUGUUUUCGGGUUGGUGAAUUAUAUUUAUUAGGAUCUUAUUUUAGCAUUUCAGUACAAAUAGCAGGUCUGGGUACCUUAUUGUUUUUACUCAUUAGUUAUAAAUAGGGCGUACCUCAGAACCUUGGGUUAAAUGUUUUCAAGUCAGACCAGUAACUUGGUUUAAAUACAGCUAUAGUAACUUGCUUUAUCAUGUUUCCUGUUUAAUCGGAUGAGAAUUACAUGCCCUUAUUCACUCGUUCUUUGUGUUUAUAGGAAAAACUGUGUUCUCAGCUACCUCAUUAUGUAGUGUUGUGCUUGAUCCCCUGCCAAUUUAGAAGAAUUCAACACAUUCUGUUCUUUAACAAAAGCUUGGAAGCAGGCAGUCAGCGGCCUUGAGAAAUACAAUUCUCUAAGGCCUGUUUUCCAUUUUACUACUUUAAAAAAAAAAAAAAGGCACUUACAACCAGGAGGAACAAUAAUUCUCCCAGAGUUGCUGCAAAGUGAUUACUUGAAACUCAACUUGAACUUUAAAGAGUCUUUAUAAGGCUGUGUUUUCCUGAUGCAGAAAAGUAGUCUAUUUAACCAUCGCUGCUGUGUAAAACAGAGGGCUUGAUUUCCGUUCUUGUUGGCAUCAGACAAGAAAAUGUGUCCCUCUGUCAUCUGACCCAGUGUUUGGGAUUUGGGUGCUUGAGGCUACUAUUUUUUUCAUUUUCUAUAAGGUGCUAUUGUUUUCCCAAAAUCUUUAAUUUUUAUGAAAAUCUAUACUCACUGCUAAGCUCCUUCUCACUCAAAGUGUUUCCUAAGUGCAGAGCUGAGGUUGGCAGAACUACGUAGAGUUGGAUGAUACUUAGAAUCAUGAAUGAUGUGGUUUGUUCCCUGUGCCAGUGGAGCAUCCCUCGGCUUCCUGCAGUACGCGCCCUCUGCACCCCCAACAUGGUGGCCUCCAUCCUCCCUAGUGUCUGUCAGCUUGCCUGGUUAACCCGUCAGGAGGAAGGCGUUGAGGAGGCCCACCAGGUGUAGGCAAUACUCCUCCUCCUGGGAGAUCUUGUAAUAAUGGCCCAGUUUCAGGCCACAGUCACACACAGCCUACUUAAAUGGAGGACUUUAGUGAUGCCGUGGCCGAAAGAGUUAUGCCCGUUUCUAAAAGCCUGGCAUACUUCGUAUAACUUAAGCACCAGCUGAAAUCUGGUGCUUAAGUUAUACCAAGUAUAACCAAGCUUAACUGUUCUUACGCAUUAGUAAGAUUUAUUUUUUAUGCUUGUGCUUUUCAGAGUAAAGGGCUUGCUCUUAACAGUAGAAUGGCAAAGCUUCUCCUCCAAUGACAAUCUGUUAGCACGUGCUGGCUUAGCUCAGGGCAUGAGGCAUUUCCUGGAAGUGGUUUCCAUGAGAACCAAGGCUUCCUCCUUUAACUUAAACCCCAGACUUUCUUGUUUGAAUUAUUAUCAGGCAAUCAUCUUUAUAUACUUUCCUUACAAACCCAGGGGUUGGGAGCAUAGGUCUUUGUGUCAGGUGCAUCUGGGGCUGGGGGCUUCUGCCACAAUUACCACUCAAUGACUUGGGAAUGUCUUUAACCCUGAGGCUCAGUUUCCUACAUGGAAGAAGCAUAGCAGGAGGAUUUACCCUCCUAGGGUUGUGGUGAGGACUAACUGGGUGAUGACUGUAAGCACUUGGGAAAGUGGCUUCCUCGCAGUGAUCACUGUUGCUGCCACCCUGAUGAUGUCAGCUCUCAACAUGGAGCACAGGGAGACCCUGUGGGGGAGACUGAGGUUGCCUGCGUGGAAUGUCCCGGGCCUUACAGCUUUCCCCAUUCUCACGUCUGCUCCCACAUGAUAUACAAGUAAAAAUGUAUUAUAUGUUUGUGUUCAUAAAAUUAUUUCUUCUUUUUUUGAGAUGGAGUCUCUUUCUGUCACCCAGGCUGGGGUGCAGUGGCGCAAUCUCCCAGGCUCAAGGGAUUCUCCUGCCUCAGCUUCCAAGUAGCUGGGGCUACAGGUGCACACCACUAUGCCCGGCUAGUUUUUCGUAUUUUUAGUACAGACGGGGUUUCACCAUGUUGCCCAGGCUGCUCUUGAACUGCUGGGCUCAGGCAGUCCGCCUGCCUCAGCCUCCCAAAGUGCCGGGAUUACAGGCAUGAGCCACCAUAUCCAGCCAUAAAAUGAUUUGCCUUCUAGACCCAUGCCACCUCUCUCCUUCUACAUCUCUAACAUUUAGAUUCCAAACAACUGUAGAUGGCUGAAACAGCCCAAAAUAUGUUUAGAAUCCAUACAAUGUGUUAUAAAUAAUCCUCUGUUUAGAAUUUUCACAGUGAAGUUCUGUAAUAAUACUUAAAACUCUUUACCAAAGUUGAAUUUUUUUUUCUUUAAAAUAGCAAAGGUAAUAGUCUAAAUUGGUCAAAGAAACUAGAUAUUUCCUAGAUCUCUGUUUUAGAUCAUAGACCUAUACUAUGCUUUCUUUUUUUUUUUUUUUUUUUUUUUUUUGAGACGGAGUUUCGCUCUUGUUACCCAGGCUGGAGUGCAAUGGCACAAUCUCGGCUCACCACAACCUCCGCCUCCUGGGCUCAGGCAAUUCUCCUGCCUCAGCCUCCUGAGUAGCUGGGAUUACAGGCACGUGCCACCAUGCCCAGCUAAUUUUUUGUAUUUUUAGUAGAGACGGGGUUUCACCAUGUUGACCAGGAUGGUCUCGAUCUGUUGACCUCGUGAUCCACCCGCCUCGGCCUCCCAAAGUGCUGGGAUUACAGGCUUGAGCCACCGCACCCGACCUACUAUGCUUUCUUAACUUGGAUGUUAAAUGAAACUUAAAAACAAAUAUGUGUUACAAGUACUUGUGUGUAUGUGCAUGUGUGUUUGUGCAUGUAUCUGUGUGUGUGGAACUUUUCUACCUUUGCAUAAAGAAGCUUAUUUAACAAAGUGGUACAGAAAGUGAACUACUUAAUUCUUCUGUCAUAUCAUACACUUCUUUUCCUGGUGAGGUUAUGAGACUGGCAGAGGAAGGGGUAUGUGAUGUGCUCAGCUUGUCUUGAUUUCGGUAAGAUAUUUGAUAAAGUCAUUGUUGAUCUCUGAAUAUGAGCAGGAAGUAGAGCUAGGAUUUAACAAAGAACUGAGUCUAGGUUGAAUAGCCAGAUGCAGACAGUGUUGGGAAGCUCGGAGCUUGGCAAGAUCACUGAAGGUGAGCUGGACCUGCAGGACAUUUUUAUCAGCAACUCGUGAAAGUGGAGAGGGCACAGAAAGAGUGCUGGGCGGGACGUGUUGGUUGUUAGCUCUGCAGUACUCUUCAGUCUCAUGGCUAAAUGCAAAGUCUUAUGUCUAGGCUCAAGAAAGAACACUGCUGUAUGAAAUUUCAGAAAAAAGUUAUGGUGAUAUUGAUUAUUUGAACAUAAGCCAACUGUUUCCCCCACCCUAGGGGAGGUUGGUGGGGCGACCUUUCACUCUCCAGGUUGGUAGCCUUGCUGAUGGGCCACAUCAUCACCAAGACAUCAUGGUUUUGUCUUGUCCUCCUCCCUGGUGAAAGUCCACUGCAGUUUUAAUCUCAGCUCCAGAGGGAGAGGGCGUAAAAGCCUCUCCCUGUGUGUCCUGACCACUCCUAUCUUGUAAAAGAUCUGCUCAGGCUGGGCGAGGUGGCUUCACGCCUGUAAUCCCAGCACUUCGGGAGGCAAAGGCAGGUAGAUCACUUGUGGUCAGGAGUUUGAGACCAGCCUGGCCAACAUGGUGAAACCUAGUCUUUACUAAAAAAUAAAAGAAUUAGCUGAGUGUGCUGGUGGACCCCUGUAAUCCCAGCUACUUAGGAGGUUGAGGCAGGAGAAUCACUUGACCCCAGAAGGCAGAAGUUGCAGUGAGCUGAGAUUGUGCCAUUGCACUCCAGCCUGGGCAACAGACGGGGAAUCCGUCUCAAAAAAUAAUAACAAAAAAAAUUUUUUUUAAUUUCAGAAAUAGGGGAAACAUGAGAUCAUGAUCCUAAGAGAUUGCUAGACUGGGGUGCAUGCCGAGUCCUCAGAGCUAGCCGUCUGUGUCUUCACUUCCUGUUUCCUUCACUUGUUAAUAAGCUUUUGUUUGAACCAACAUUGGUUUUUCUCUCCGCGUUCCACUGUAGCUCCCCAAGGACACUGCUGGGUGGAAUCUCUGAGAAACAGGCACUUCGCAGUUGGCCCACCUUUCUCUCCUGGCUUUGGGGUUGUCAUCUAGGUGGAGGAAGGUUAUUUGGCCAUGAUUUGGAGUCGUUUUUACUCAGUCUUCUUGGGAUAGCUUUCCCACCCUGUCCUCUGCUCUUCUUCUUUGCCACCCCUCUUCCAGCCUGGUUUUUUAACUACUUGAAUUAUGUAGCCAAAAUAAAAAAUGAAAAGAGUUGGAGUGAGUUGGGGAGGGCGAGAAGAGUAGCUCUUCUGGUUCCUCAGACCACGUAAUGCUCAGGGCAUGAGCCUCGGGGAUUCCUGAGCAGACCUUCAUACUACCACGUAAUGCCCAGGGCGCGAGCCUCAGGGAUCGCUGAGCAGACCUUCGUACUAGCACUUUCCACAGCCAGCUGGGCCUACCUGUGAGUCAGAUCUGUCCCCAGGCUCCAGGUCACAACGGCCCCUCGCCUUCUGAGGCACCCCCAAGGACACAUCCCAGCCCCUUAGGCACCUGUAGGCUAGAAUGACACCUUCCAUGCCAGCCCCACAAGCCCUCAGGGCUCCCAUCCAAGCCGGGAGAGGAGGCCGGCACAGCCUCAGCACCCAGUGCAGCCCGGUGCUCCCUGACGUGCCCAGUCCGGGUGGCCUCUCGUGACAGGCGCUCUGCUGUGUCCAUCCAUCUGUCUGCAGAGCCGGAUGGGGAGUCUCCGUGUGGGUUCUCCUCUGUCCCCUUCCAGCUCGGAUUGUCCAGAGCAGAGCGCAGUGCAGCCCUUAUCUCCUCUUCAACUCUGACUUAAAAACACACAGUGUUCCAAAUCAUGGAUGGGAUCGGAAAUUAGAACUGCUUGUUUAUAAGACAAACCACCUUUUCAUGUGUUUUUCCAAAAGGAAUUUGUGCUUCAAAAGAAACUUCAGUAAAUUUAUUAUUAAACUAGCAUAUGUUCAUUACAGUUGAGUUAUGUUUUAUUAAAAAAAAAAAUGUAGGACCUGGUACAUGGGGCGGGCAAAAAGAUACCAUCAGCUUAAGAAAUAAAAAAGUAAGCCUUCCAUUUGUGUGGGUGGUAACAUCUUUUUCCUAGAUCGUACCUCAAAAUUCAAGCUCUCCAUGAAAACAAAGAUAAUCUGAAUAAAAAUUUUGUGUUGGAAAAUGUAUCAAGUGGCCUUUAGUUAAGAGAAGCACAGGCUAUUUGUUAGCAAAACUUGCUUUCUCUGCCAUUGGGGUUCUUUUCAUUUUGAAUUCACUUGGAACUCAGCUUUUGUUUGGGUGCUGGCUCUUGCACCCCUCCAGUUCACCGGCGACAUCAUGGUGAUGCGCCUUUCGUUUUUGUAUCAUUUUUGUGAAUUGUCACAGCCAUCAGGUAAUCACCGUGGCUUCAGCAGAAGUUUUAAACAACUUUGCAGCCAACGUUGGGGUGUGCACCAGCAGCCUGGAAGUGAUCGGCAUUGCUGAUUAAAGCACCCCCUGCUCUGCCCACUUCCACACAUUCCCAUCCUCAUCAGAAACUGUAUUGCAGAUGCUCCGGGUAGGUGCGGGCAGACUUCGUUGUGUGUCACUAAUGACAGUGAUGUCUCUGUGAGUGCGGCCCAUUCAUGACACACUAGAAAGGUGUACAUUCUUUUGUUUUCCAUCAUGGGUGUAGGUCUUCUGCCAUGAAAGAGAACUGCCAAGGAAAUUCCUGAAAACAAGAUUGUAAAUUCGAUUUGACCCUCCCAAAUUCAGGGCCGCUGUUGGCAGUUGGCCCUGGCCCAGCGAGUGGCCGGCGUGGCUCCUGUUGGCUCAUGCCAGUGUUGUGCGGGACCCUUGAAUAUGUGACUGUCACCCUCAUCCAAGACCGAUUUUUAGCAGUCUUGAUUUGUCACUUUGAUGCUUUGAAUACCAUAAGGAAGAUGCCAUGAAUACCAUAUAAAUACCGCACCAAAAGUCCUGCAACUCUCUUAUUUAAUAGAAUUCCAAGUACAGAGGUCUGCUUAGACACGUACUUAGUUAAGGUUGUGUUGUGUGUGAUAUUAUCCUAUCGUUAAUAAGUCGUACUACUGAAAAACAGGGAUUUGCAAUGAAAAUACGUAAGCUAAACGAAAGGCAUUGUUUAGAAAGUUCCAAACAUCGAAAGUGCUAGAAGGCUGCUACGUGUAAAAUCAUACUCCCCAAGUUCAGUAGGAUAGUAGAGAAAUUGUGCUAAGUUGAUUUCAUUGAAAUGUCACGUCUCACAUCCUGUAGUCCAAAGGUACUAGUUUGUUUUGUGGAAUAAUUUAUAUUCACUUGUUGGUAAGAAAUUGAGCAGUCAGAAGUACUUUUAAAUUAACCUUUCUUUUAAAAAGUUGCUUUAUGGUUUACAAGUAAUACUGAUCCAAAAAAGGAUUUGUUAACCUUCUGAAGUUAAGUAGCACGCACUUUGUUUACAUGCUUCAGUAUAUUGUGGGGUUGGUCCCUUCUCACGAACCCAGGACCUGUGCUUGGGGAACAUUUUGCCAUCAUGCUGUUCUCUUGUACCAAGGAUCAGUGAAAGUGUUUUAUCUUUUUUAUGUAGUUUGUAUUGACUGGAUUUUAUAACUGUAAGAAAACAGAAACAGAGUGUUGUAUUUUGAUCUGAAAUUUGUGUAUGCUAAAGUAAUUUUGUUUUAUGUAUUGGAAGCUCAUUUAAAAACUUGAAAUAUUUUCUAGAAGGGUACCACACAAAAUGAAUUAUCUUUAAGCUGUUUCAUUAACCUAAUAAAAUAAUUUGAUGGGGAAGGCAUUCUAACUGUUUCUGGUUUUUAGAGUGCUUCCUGCUAACUCAGCAUUGUCAAUACAGCUUGAUUUGUGUAUGGAA